UUGUUACCCGUGAAAUGUGGUGGCGUUUUUCCUGUAAUUUACAACGCAUUUUUCAGCAAAUUGCUUCUCCUUUCUUGGCAUAAAACUGUGAUUUAUUUAUUUACAACCGGUAUUACCACGACGACUUAAGCAGCAGCAACGAGAUCAUUUAAUCGUGGGUGUCUAAAGUUUAGUUACUGAUUGACGGAACCGGGGGGAAUCACGAGACAAAGGUGUCGUUUUAUCACCAGAACGACUCGAUAAUAAACCUUUGCUCAAACAUCAGUGCCUCAUUUUCAUCAUGUUCUGGACUCUGGCGCUGACUCUGCUCUUUCUCCGCUCUGCCCAGGCCGACGGCAGAGUGGAGUAUGACUACUUCAAGUACCACAACAUGCAAGAGAUCACCAAGUGGAAGACGGACAUCGCCGCUGCUUAUAAAGACGUCGUGAAGAUUGUGGAAUAUGGGAAAACCUACGAGAAUAGAACCAUCGACCUCCUCAAGAUAGGUUUACCCGGUAAUAACAAGAAAAUAAUUUGGAUGGAUUGUGGAAUUCAUGCAAGAGAAUGGAUCGCGCCUGCUUUCUGCCAAUACUUUGUCAAAAUGAUUCUUGACACCUACAAAACUGAUCCUAAAAUGGAGCUGAUGAUGAAAAACAUGGACUUCUACGUGACCCCGGUCCUGAACGUGGACGGGUACAUGUUCUCCUGGAUAAAUCAGACCACUCGUUUGUGGAGGAAGAACAGAAGUCCUGGUCCUUGCGGCUGCUCUGGGACCGACCUGAACAGAAACUUUUACUCCAACUGGGGAACGGUGGGCGUCUCGUUCAACUGCUGCUCUCAGACGUAUCCAGGCUCGGGGCCGGUGUCCGAGCCCGAAGCCCAGGCCGUCACUCAGUUCAUGGGGAACAUUUCAGGAAACGUCCUGGCCUUCCUCACCAUCCACUCGUACGGACAACUCCUCCUCAUCCCGUACGGACACCCGCAGGUCAUCGCCCCCAACCAGGACGAGCUGAUGGAGGUGGGGCUGGCUGCAGCUCAGGCCAUAGAGAAAAUCCACGGGAUGAAAUACAAAGUGGGAACAUCUCCAACUGUUCUGUAUCCAAACUCGGGCUCGUCUCGUGACUGGGCUCGUCUCCAGGGCGUCCCCUACUGUUUCACCUUUGAACUGCGGGACAACGGGACUCACGGCUUUGAGCUUCCGGAGGAUCAGAUCCGUCCGACGUGUGAGGAGGCCUACAGCGGAGCUCUGCACAUCAUCACCCACGCUCACGACAAAACCUUCAACAUCUACAGCAGCGCUCCUGCUCGUACUGCAGACGCCCUGUGGGGGGCGCUGCUGCUCACUCUGCUCAAGUGGAUCAUGUAAUAUGAAUGUGAGGAUAAACCAGGUCUAAACCAAGUCUAAACCAGGUCUAAUCCAGGUCUAAUCCAGGUCUAACCCAGGUCUAAACCAAGUCUAAACCAGGUCUAACCCAGGUCUAACCCAGGUCUAAACCAGGUCUAAACCAGGUCUAAACCAGGUCUAAACCAGGUCUAAACCAAGUCUAACCCAGGUCUAACCCAGGUCUAAACCAGGUCUAAACCAGGACUAAACCAGGUCUACACCAGGUCUAAACCAAGUCUAAUGCACGUCUAACCCAGGUCUAAACCAUAUCUAAACCACGUCUAAACCAGGUCUAAUCCAGGUCUAACCCAGGUCUGACCCAGGUCUAAACCAUGUCUAAAAUAGGACUAAACCGUGUCUUAAUCAGGUCUAAACCAGGUCUAAACUAGGACUAACCAGGACUCAACCAUGUCUUAACCAGGUCUAAAUCAGGUGUAAACCAGGACUAAACCAGGACUGAACGAGGACUAAACCAGGACUAAACUACGUCUAAAUCAGGUCUUAACUAGACCUAAACCAGGUCUACAUCUGGACUAAAAUAGGGCUAAAAUAGGACUAAACCAGGUCUAAACCAGGACUUCACUCGUCCCUGUUCCCUGAAGUUCAGACCUUGUGCCACUAGAGGGAGCCAUUUAUCACAUUUCCACAGAUUUUUCACCCUGUACU